AUGGCCGGGCUUUCAUCAUUCGCCCUCGGCGUUGGUGCCGUCUUUUUCUUGUUUCUUCUCAUCCGCAGAGUCUUGAAAUCAGGCAGAAACAGUCCUCAUCCGCCUCUGCCCCCGGGUCCCAAGGGCCUCCCCAUCGUGGGGAAUCUGUUGGACCUGCCCAAGCCUGGAGAGUACGAAGCAAAGCAUUGGAUCAAACACAAAGACAUUUACGGUCCCAUAAGCUCAAUUACGGUGCUUGGCCAGACAAUGGUGAUCGUCAAUGAUGCCAGCAUCGCUUUGGACAUGUUGGAGAAGCGAUCAGUAAAGCAUUCGUCGAGACCAUUCCUACUGUUCGGCGGCGAUAUAGUUGGCUGGAAACACGGACUUGGGCUUGUUCCGUACGGCGAUACCUUUCGGAAACAGCGCAAGAACAUAGCAAUGACUAUCGGCUCCACCAUGGCUGCGGCUCAGUACCAAGAUCUACAGGAGGCAGAAGCUGGUCAUUUCCUACUGCAUAUCCUGAACAAUCCCGAGGGUCUGUUCGGCCACAUCAGGAGAGAGGCUGCUUCAGUAGUUCUGAAGAUGAUCUACGGUUACAACGUAGAUCAGUUCAAAGAUGAUCAUCUUGUGGAGGCGAUUGAAAAGGCGAUGAACGAGUUUGGGCAGGCUUCCGUCCCUGGCACCUUUAUGGUCGACAUUUUCCCUUGGAUGCGUUAUCUUCCGGAAUGGUUCCCUGGAACUGGAUGGAAGCAGACUGCCAAAGAAUGGCGAGAAGAUUUGAGAGUCAUUGUCGAAAAGCCGUUUGCUUUCACCAAAAGCCAGAUGGCCUCGGGACGAGAUACCUCGUCAAUCACCUGCAACCUGCUUGGUGGGGAGCACGAUAGAGCGCCCGAAGACGAGUACAUCGCGAAAUGGACGGCGGUAUCUCUCUACGCGGGGGGAGCCGAUACCACGGUCUCUACAGUUGCAUGCUUCUUCCUUGCCAUGUCGCUUUACCCUGAGGUACAGCGAAAAGCUCAAGCCGAGAUCGAUCAGGUUAUUGGACAAGACCGCUUACCCACUUUCUCUGAUCGCCCGAAUCUGCCAUACAUCGAGGCUCUUUUGAUGGAGCUUCUUCGUUGGCAGCCUGUUGUGCCUAUGGCCAUUCCUCAUAUGUCCUCGGAAGAGGACAUCAUCAACGGUUACUACAUACCCAAGGACUCGGUGAUCUUGCCGAACAUUUGGUACUUCACUCAUGAUCCCAAGUUGUACCAUUCGCCGAUGGAGUUUAAGCCUGAGCGAUUCUUGUCCGCUGAGGGCAACACACCGGAGAUGGACCCUAACAGAUUUGCCUUUGGCUUCGGACGCCGCAUCUGUCCUGGCCGUGUCCUCGCCGACAACGCCUUGUUCAUCACAAUUGUCCAGGCUCUUUCAGCAUUGGAGAUCAGCAAGGCCGUCAUCGAUGGCCAGGUCGUCGAGCCAAAGAUUAGUCUCCUUGGUGGAAUUGUCAGCCAUCCGGAGCCUUUUGAGACAUCCGUCAAGCCGCGCUCUGCGCAUCAUGAAGCGCUCAUACGGGCGGUUGAGAAGACCUACCCAUGGGAGAGGAGCGAUCAAGGAAUGUUGGAGAAGAUGGAGGUUUGA